AUGUCUUCGCCAUCAUCCAAUCCAUCACCAUCACCAACGGGAGACCCUCCCACAUUUACAUCAAGAAAUCAAGAAAGACAACACAAGUUUGAUUCAAAUCGAAUCUUGGAGCUAGGUGAACUGGAGACUAUUAAAUCCGAGGCUGCCAAAAGAACUGACGGUCUAUCAGAGGUUAAAGAACCAAGAAUAACCCAUGAAUUUAUUCCUGGGCUAAUCAAUGUCUCUGCUGUUAUCCCUCUCCUAGGACUUGAUUGUCAAAUGAUCAUUACAAGAGAACAGGCUGAAAGUCUCUUGGAUUGUCUUGACCUCAAACCAGCCAAUAAAUUGGCUGAAUUUAAUAAUAAUGAAAAUGAAGCAAAAGCUGCAAUGGAGUAUCUGCACCUCCCAGAGAUUCAAAAAGCGAUCAAAAAUCAUAUCAAGAUAUAUGGCAGCACAAUCUUUUGA